CGAUUUGAACACCCAAAACGGGAAGAUGUCGAUGUUGAAUCAAGCUGCGGUGGAGGCCCUCUGCUCUGCUACCUACCUGGAAAACUAUUUGGACACGAUGGAAAAUUUGCCAGACGAUUUACAGAAAAUCGUUACCCAGCUUCGGGAACUAGAUAUUCAGUGUCGAGAUAUUCUCCAGGACAUUGACAACCACCAGGAAGUUUACUGUAAAGAAUCAGAGGGACCGACCAAGAAAAAGGCUCUUCUGGCUAUACAAAGGGCACUAAUUAAAUGUCAGGAGAUUGGGGAUGAAAAGCUCCAUCUGAUGGCUAUGAUAAUAGAGCAUAUUGACAACAGGGGGAGACAACUGGAGCAAGACAGAGAAAAUCUGGAUCCUAUGUUUGGGAAGGAAACAGAAAAAGAAGAAAAGUUAACGACAGCAGCAACAACAACCACAUCAGCAUCUAAUUCAACAUCCGCAUCAUCUAAACCUGUCAUUCAACACUCCGAACCAAAACCUGAAAAAGUAGCUGUUAAACGACAGCGACGACAGAAAACAAGUGACACUAUCAUUAAGGAGGAGGAGAAGAAGCAAGAAGAAAAGGAGAAAGUGCCUAAGAAAAAGAAGAAACGUAAGACAAAGAAAGAGAAGGAUCAAGCCCCAACAUCGCCCAUAGAGCCUCCAAUUGAUCCAGAUGAGCCAACAUAUUGUCUGUGUGAUCAGGUGUCUUAUGGCGAGAUGAUCGGGUGUGACAAUGAUGCAUGUGUCAUCGAGUGGUUCCAUUUUAACUGUGUCAAUCUUGUCAACAAACCCAAGGGCAAGUGGUACUGUCCAAACUGUCGUGGGGAUACCAGCAAGGUCAUGAGGAAGUUCGACAAAUGAUCUGCUGUAUCAAUGUAUGGGAGAGUGGUUAGGAGAGAAAGGGUGUGGCUUAUCUUAUUCUCAGACCUUGUGUCUUUUUCUGAAUUUAUGCAAGUAAGGUUUGCCCACCCUCAACUGAAAGGAAACAAGGUGUGUGAAAAUGCUUCACACAACUGAUCAACACUUAAGUUCUCAGCAUCUUUACCAAGCAGUGACAUUAAUUUGUGUUCAAAGGUGUCAGCUAGUUGCCAUGAUAGUGCUGUAAGUCUGAUCUGGCAAGGGAUUGUCAAGCUUUGUGAUUCAC